AUGAGCAAGGCAUUGAACCAAGUUUCCAGAUCACCUUUCACGCGCAAGAUUGAAGGGGUAAGACUUCCUCGGCGGUUCAACCAGCCAACAUUCACCAUCUAUAAUGGUCGAACAAACCCUGUGGAACAGAUUGGGGGAUAUGAUGUGAAGAGGGUGAUAGUGGACCAAGGCAGUGGUGCUGAGAUUAUAUACCUCGACCUAUACAAGGGGCUGAACUUGGGACCCGGGGACUUAACUACCUACGACUCACCCUUUGUGAGUUUUGAUGGGAAGGUUCUCAUUUCGAGGGGCCAGAUUAGACUACCGGUGCAGGCCAGUUCAGAAGUGGUGGAGGUGGACUUCAUCGUAGUGGAUGAUUAUUCCCCCUACACGACCAUUGUGGCGAGGCCUUGGCUUCAUGCACUGGGGACCCAAUUAAGAGCUCCGGUGUUGCUUGUCAAUGGAUUGGCCGAGGAGGCGAAAUGUGAAGACUUGAAAACGGUCGUCGUUGGUGAUGAUUUGGAGAAAUUCUUUCAGAUUGGGGCUCAGCUGCCUCCUCUAGAGAAGGAAGAGCUGAUAGAGUUUCUUAGGAAAAAUGUUGAUAUGUUCGCAUGGAGCGCUUACGAAGCCCCGAGGGUGGAUCUGAGCUUCAUCUGCCACCAUCUAAAUGUUAAUCCAUCUGUCACUCCCAAGAAGCAACCACCUCGAUGCUCAUCCAAGGAUCACUUUAACGCCAUCAGAGAUGAAGUGAAAAGGCUCAAGCAGGCAGGGGCUAUCAAGGAGGUUUUUUAG